AGUCGGUUUGUCAGAUUGGGUGGGAGGCAGGCGACUCUGUUCCGAGCUGCGGCCCGCCCCUACAAUUUCUCACCUUUGACGACAUGCCAUUGUUCCAAUAAUUCUGCUGCAACCUCGUAGGAAAACUUCUGCUCUCAGGUUCUUCUCCCAAGUUCUUGUCCACCCAUAAUGGGACGGAAAAAGCAAUCACGACCUCGUCGAUCGGGUGGGGUAUUGCUGGAAACCCACGGCCUAGAUAAUGCUGAACUUGAUGGGCGAAUUGCUUCUACCUCUGAGUCCGCUCAGUGUGAGGAACUUGGCGAAAUUGAGCAGCCGUUUUUUGUUGAAGUAGAACGUUCUUGUUGGGGUUUAGAUGAGCAUCUCGACAUUUCUGAGCUUUUCUUAAUUGGAGUAAAUGUGAGAGAAGGAUUAUCUGGUCUUAGAGUAGGGGAUGAUUUCUAUCAAAGUUCCAAGUACUCCCUAAGGUUUAGAAUAUGUAAUGUAAAUGAGUUUCUCGAUCAAAUUAAAUUAGGCCAUUGGCCGGUGUUACCAGGUAGUAAUAUAUCUCUGGAGUUGGUGGAUAAAGAUUGCUCUCUUGUGAACGGUAACAUAGACAAAGAGGAGGAGACCAUUGUUAUAUCGGGUAUUAUUGAUGGGCCUGACGAGGGUGUGUCCGGUCUCGCUCACCUGUCUGCUCUCGGUUUUGUUUCCUUGCGACCGGUUAGAGAUGAUGUGUUUUUGGAGGAAACGUCUAGUUUGAGGGUAAGGGUUGAAAUGCUUAAUCGUGCAUUUGAUGCUUGUGAGUCGCUUGUUGAGAAUACGAGGCAAGUGUGGAAAAGGAGUAUGAUAAAUGUGAUGGCUUGGCUUCGCCCCGAAGUGUUGACUUCUGAUGCCCGGUACAGGAUUAAUGAAUCAGUCACAAUGGAAACUGAUUCACAUUUUGAUAUUGGAGAUAGUUCUACGAUAUCUCAGAAGCAUGCUAAGUUUAAUGUUGUCGGGUUCUAUGAGGCCAUCAAACCCUCAAAGGAGGAUCCUAUGUUGCAAGAUGACCUACCUGACUUGCUUCCUGAGUUGAGACCAUAUCAACGUCGUGCAGCCCACUGGAUGGUCCAAAGAGAGAGGAGUGUUUUGAAUUCGGGAAGCGAAAGGGGAACAAGUCAGUUACUUUCUCCUCUAUGUAUGCCUGUGGGUUUUAUUGACACGAGUUCAAAAAUGUUCUACAAUCCGUUCAGUGGAAGCAUUUCAAUGCAGCCGGAAUAUUUUUCUACGGAUGCUCCUGGUGGUAUUCUUGCUGAUGAGAUGGGUCUAGGGAAGACCGUUGAACUUCUAGCUUGUAUCAUGUCGCACCGUUGGUCAGCAUCUGAAGCCAACUCCUAUUUUAAUAGUGUGACACCAGUAACUGGAGAUGAUGAGAAUCGCAUCAAAAGACUGAAGAGGGAGCGCAUUGAAUGUAUUUGUGGGGCUGUGAGCGAGAGUUAUCGCUAUACUGGGGUUUGGGUGCAAUGUGACGUAUGUGAUGCAUGGCAACACUCUGAUUGUGUUGGUUACUCUCCAAAGGGGAAAAAAGUUAAAAAUUCACAUCAAAUGGAGGGAUCACUGGCAAAGCAGAAACCGAGGAAGAAGAAAGCCCCUCCCAUCAUUGAGAGGGAGGGUAAAUUUAUUUGCCAGUUGUGCUUGGAAUUGAUGCAUGCUACUGCUUCCCCGAUUUCUAGUGGUGCAACUCUGAUAGUUUGUCCUGCUCCUAUAUUGCACCAAUGGCAUGCUGAGAUAAUUCGGCAUACGAGACCUGGCACCUUGAAAGUUCUGGUCUAUGAAGGUGUCAGGAACGCUUCUCUCUUGGAUAAACCUCUACCAGAAGUGAAUGAACUCAUCACGUAUGAUGUCAUAUUGACAACAUAUGAUGUGUUGAAGGAGGACCUCUUGCAUGACUCCGAUCGACAUGACGGAGGCCGCCACUUCAUGAGAUUCCAGAAGAGGUACCCAGUUAUUCCGACUCCACUGACGAGAAUAUUCUGGUGGAGAAUCUGUCUUGAUGAGGCUCAGAUGGUGGAGAGCAACACUGCUGCUGCGUCAGAAAUGGCUCUACGACUGCCUUCAAUCCACCGUUGGUGUAUCACUGGCACUCCCAUUCAACGCAGAUUAGAUGACUUAUAUGGGCUCCUGAAAUUCCUUAAAAUAAGCCCGUUCGAUGUCUCUAGGUGGUGGACUGAAGUUAUACGAGAUCCAUAUGAGAGGAGGGAUAGUGGAGCUGUGGAAUUCACCCAUAAAUUGUUCAGACGGAUCAUGUGGCGUUCUUCGAAAAUACAUGUAGCUGAUGAGUUACAUCUCCCAUCCCAGGAGGAAAGUCUCUCGUACCUCUCCUUUUCAGCAAUCGAAGAACACUUCUACCAGAGACAACAUGAGACAUGCGCUGAUCACGCCCGUGAGCUCAUCAAGAAUUUGAAAGAGGACAUCCUGAAGAGAAAAUCACCAGGUAGCAUGUCUUCCACAGAGGCAUCCGAUACCUUCAUUACCCAUGCUGAGGCUGCCAAGCUAUUGAACUCGCUCUUGAAGCUUCGCCAGGCAUGCUGUCAUCCUCAAAUUGGAAGCUCUGGUCUUCGCUCUCUCCAACAAUCGCCCAUGACAAUGGAUGAAGUCUUAUUGGUUCUUGUUGGUAAGACCAAGAUAGAAGGUGAGGAGGCCCUCAGGAAGAUAGUUGUUGCAUUAAAUGGCCUUGCAGCAUUAGCCAUGAUAGAGGAUAAACCUGCCGAAGCUAUAAAGAUAUACAAGGAAUCUCUUGAAUUAGCUGAUGAACAUGCGGAAGAUUUCAAGCUGGACCCGUUGUUGAAUAUUCACAUCCAUCACAAUCUCGCUGAGAUAUUAUCAUUGGCUUCCUGUGACAAACAAGAACUUGAAGGGCAAUCUUCUGGGAACUUUGAGACCAAGGUUUCCCUGAAAUGCUAUUCAGAAGAGAGUGAGACUCACAAUUCUGUGAAGAGGCAGAAAUUGAACGAGCAAGAUAAUAGGAGUUCCAGUAAUGCCAUAAAAUUACCAACAACCUCUUGUGGGAAGUGUAUUGAUCCCUUGGUCAGGAAAAAGGAGGAUCUUCCUAAGCCCAAAUUAGGAUCAAAAUUUCUUGAUUGUGAUUCCUUGAAGGCAUCAUGUGCAAGUUUUAAGCUGAAGUUCUUAGCUAUAUUUAGUUUGAAGUUGACUGUUGCUCGACACGAUUUCCAGAAAUCAUAUGAGCAGGUUUGUGAUGCAUUUACCGAUAUGAAGAACCAACACUCAGUUUGGUGGUUGGAAGCCCUUCAUCAUGUGGAACAGAGCAAAGACUCUGCAAAUGAAUUUAUGGCAAAAAUCACGGAAACGGUCCUGGGAUCUUCGAAGAAUUCUAGGCCAUCGAGGAUUUGUUCAAGUUUCCGCAGCAUCAGUGGUCUAAAGUAUUAUAUUCAGACUGGGCUUGAUAUGUUGGAAGCCUCUAGGAAAACUGUGCUUGAUCGGGUGUUACAGAUUGAUCAAACAUUGGAUGAACCCAGGGAAGAGGAUAUAAUGCGAGUUGGAAAUUGUCAGAACUGCCAGCCCAAUGGUGAUGGACCUUCAUGUGUUAUUUGUGAACUAGAUGACUUAUUUCAGAUUUACGAGGCCCGCCUCUUUUAUCUCAGCAAUGCACGUGGAGGGAAAAUCUUGUCUGCGGAGGAGGCAUUGAUUUCACAGAAGAAAAAGUCUGCACUGAACCAUUUCUAUCGAACUUUUUCCGAAGAGAGUAAGAAUUCAGGUUCGCCAUCUGAACAGGAUGUAGAGCUGGAGGGCAAGAAACGAGAUGCUGUGGAGAAAGUAAUGGUUUCAAAAUCUGCAUCGGAACUGGAGCUUGUUCUCGGAGUUAUACGAAGCUACUACAAAGUCAAUUUGGAGAAAGAAAUUAAGUCAGCUGCAGCCAAGCAAAUGCGUCUCCUCGAGGGCAUGAGGAAGGAGUACCCGGCAGCGAGGUCCUUGAGCAUCGCCCAAGCUCAGUUUCUGCGAGCUCAUGAUGAGAUCAGAAUGGCAACCUCUCGGUUGCGUCUUAAAGUAGAUGAGAAUGACAAGUCUCUCGAUGCUCUAAGUCCUGGGGAACUGGAACAAAACAGCGUGCAGUUCUCGAACGACAAGUUUUUAUCUUUGAAUGAGUUAGACCGUGUAAAAGGAAAGCUUCGUUAUUUAAAGGGUCUGGUGCAAGUGAAUGAUAGAAAUCUCGAAGAAACUACUCCUAAUUCUCCUGUAGCACAAGAAACGGCUACUUCUUUAGCUUCUCCUAUGGAGAGGAAAACUGAAUUCGUAGUAAGACCUAAAGAUGAAGCCUGCCCAAUUUGCCAAGAGAAAUUGGGCAUCCAAAAGAUGGUUUUUCAGUGCGGGCAUGUUACUUGCUGUAAAUGUUUAUUUGCUAUGACUGAGCACAAACUAGCUAAUGCUGAAGGCGUCCAGAAGAAGUGGGUGAUGUGCCCUACUUGCCGACAGCAUACUGAAUUUGCAAAUAUCGCUUUUGCUGAUGAUAGGCAAGAUAAUUCUGGUGGGUUGCAUAAUUUGCAAGGAGACCAUGACAAUGAAGCUUCGAUCAUCGUCCACGGUUCUUAUGGAACGAAGAUCGAGGCAGUUACGAGGAGAAUCCUGUGGAUCAAGCGUACUGAGCCAAAAGCAAAGGUCCUCCUUUUCUCAAGCUGGAAAGAUGUCCUCGAUGUGCUGGAACAUGCCUUCACUGCUAAUGACAUCUCUUACACAAGGAUGAAAGGAGGAAGGAAAGCGCAAGAUGCUAUUAGUCACUUCAAGGGACAAAAACCCAAUGUGGGAAGAAAGGGGAAGGUGCGUGACGAAGGAGAUUCGGAACCGAAGUCUGUUCAGGUACUGAUGCUCUUGAUCCAACAUGGUGCGAACGGCCUCAACCUCUUGGAAGCACAGCAUGUUGUUCUUGUGGAGCCACUACUUAACCCAGCUGCGGAGGCACAGGCAAUCAGCAGGGUCCACCGAAUGGGGCAGGAAAAUAGGACCCUCGUGCACCGAUUCAUCGUGAAGAACACAGUUGAGGAGAGCAUAUAUAAGCUGAACAGGAGCAGGAAUGCGAAUACGAGCUCCUUCAUCAGCGGAAACACCAAGAAUCAAGACCAGCCUCUCUUGACGCUCAAGGAUGUGGAGUCCCUAUUUAUGAUUUCACCACCAGGGCAGCUAGAAACCACUGAGAAGCCGAACCCCGAGAGCCUGAUGCAUCUGCCACCUUCGGUAGCCGCUGCCAUUGCAGCUGAGAGGAGGCUGAGAGAGCAGGCGGGUAUUCUUUCUUCGUGACACUGGACGAAUCUUAUCAAGUUGUAUUGCCGUAAACAUGUCUAUACACAUGCACAGUGAGCUUAAGAUUGGGAUGGUUGCACCCCAUUUCAGAGUGCCACAUCUCAAGCAGGCCUGCAGUCUGCAGCAAUUUCGUAGGAUAUACUUAUAGGCAACUUGAUCUUCGUACAUGUACAGAUCACUUCGUCUUGUAAAUAUGUUCGAGAUGCCUAGGUCGCACUAGAUACUCUUGUAUACACAAACUUGCCGGGUGUGUGCUACUGUCGGAUUUCGUUGUAAUCAACUACAGAGUAUUCCUCUCCGAACAGGAUUCUUUCAUUUUCCUUGAAGCUAACUUUUCUUCUUGAAGCAAUUCCAUUUCAGU